AUGUGUGCAGAAAAUCUCGACGACUUAAGUCAUGGUAUAGAAUGGGCGAAGGCCUCAGUGCAGGCUGGAGGGGGAGAACGAGCUGGUGCUCUUCUGGCUAAGCUGCUUAAAGAAAAUGGCGAUGAAGAAGAUGCCUUAGCGGUCUACGAUGACGUAUUAGCGUUAAACGCUUGCGGAGCUGAUACGCUCGCUGCAGCCGGAGCAUUGCGACUACGUUGUGGGGACCCACGACGAGCGUUUCAAUUGCUUGGUGAAGCACUAUCUCAACAGCCAACGCAGCACGCAGCCGCUCUUGCAUUGGCUGCUAUGAUGUUGCAACAUAAGGAUGUCGAUGCGUCCUUAGCAAGAUUAAAAGCUGCCUUAACUGCUCAUCCUACAUGUGUGGCAGCUCACACCGAUCUGGGACUAGCGUUGUUGUCCAAAAAGAAAUAUGUUGCGGCAUUAACGUGCCUUCAACGGGCUGUGUGGGCAGCUCCACUUAGUGCUCGAGCUGCUCACGAUCUUGGACUAGUGCUUCUUAUAUGCAAGCGACCAGCGUCGGCAUUUAAUAGACUUGCUGCUGCUGCUGCUUUGCAACCAUCACAGCCAUACACUGUACUCCUUAUUGCUAUAGCGUUAGAGCGUCUUGAAGAUCCAAGAGCAGAUGCUGCCUACGCCAAGGCAGUAUCCCUUGACCCUGAAGAUGCGCUCAUUCGGUUAAAUAACGCUGCAAGACACGCUCGAGCGGGUCGAUGUACUGAAGCUGCCCAAGAAGCUGUUUUAACGGCUCAAUUAUUAAGACGAGAAAAUAAUCUACAGUUGGCGGCAUCCUUAGCUCUGCUGAUGUCACUGCUUCGGGAAGCAGGAGUUGAGCUUUCCACGGACGCUAUCGAAAACACUCUAAACCCCACCACUACUACCACCAGCUCUCCUGAUAACGAAGAUUUUGCGGCUGAUGAAGUUUAA